AUGGCCGUGUUAGGGCCGUGCGUGAGUGUAAAUAUGAAUGGGCACAAUAAUAUUCAUAGUCAGUUAACAAAAUCGUUAGAAAGAAUUUUGGAAGACGCUUACUUGAGUGGUGAACUGAAACUGAGUGGCAGAAAAUUGAAGGAGUUCCCGAAACCUGUAAAAUUUGACUUGAGUGAUACGGUUGUUGCAGAUUUGUCAAAGAAUAGAUUCAGCGACCUGCCAGACGAACUGACGACGUACCUGUACCUGGAGAAACUGUUGCUUUCUCAAAAUAUCAUUAGAAAUGUACCAGAGGCUGUGGGGGGACUGCAGUCCCUUACCUAUUUAGAUCUCAGUUCGAACCAGCUGACAGAGCUUCCUCGAGAAAUAUGUCAAAUGCCGUUGCAAGUACUUCUUCUGUCGGACAACAUGCUGACAAGUCUGCCGAAGGAGGUCGGCAGAAUGUCGGCACUGGCAGAGCUGGAUGCGUCAAAUAACAGAUUGACACAGGUCCCUAUGACGUUGGGGGACUGUGCGGGACUUCGAGCGCUGGAUCUAAGCAAUAAUCAGCUGGGAUUACUACCUUUACAAAUCACGUACCUACGACUAGAGUACCUGGAUGUGAGCUGCAACUGCAUUUCGUCGCUGCCCCUGGAACUGCGCAACAUGACCACACUUGUCUCUCUGAAUCUGGACAACAAUCCUCUUGUUUCACCUCCUACCACGGUUUGCAUGCGCGGUCGUGUACAUAUAUUCAAGUACCUGGAAACCAUGGCAAAUAAAGACACGUUACCUCACAGAAGAGUGGAUGAAACGCGACGAUCUGCAAAACAUAGUUCCUUCAACAAUUCUCCUCAGCAAAGUGCUGCCCGUGAUAUCGUGUCGGGAAACGCGACUAUAGACUGCUUAAGGCAUAAACCUAGGCAUGUUGUGGAUAGCGGAUAUUGCACUGAUGGCGUGGAGAAGAGGUGGUCCAAUGAUGGAGGGGGCGACAUCAUCGGUGGCGGAUCUGGGCGUUCAACGCCCAGUACGCCGUCUACUUUGUCACCGGGCGCGGCCCUGUCUCGGGCCCAGUCGCUGUCCAGUGAGUCUCCUUUGGCGCCGCCGUUAACGCCACUGCUUUCUAGCCUCCGUAUUUCACCCGAAGGGAACAUAUCCAAUGGCGACGAUAAGACUAAAUUGUUACAUCAACAAACCUACAGACAAUACAAAGAAGCCUUAAGACAGCAGCGGCAGCAAGAUAUAUACCGGCCCCGCUCCGACCAGGCGUCCCCCGACCUCGACUCCCCCCACUCCCAGAACCAAAGCCCAGUCCACCACACCUCACACUCACCUAUCAACGGCUACAGUAACGUAUCCCCAAAUCUCUACCACAAAAUUACUUCCAAUUCUACCUCCUCACCUCCAGUGCCAAAUUCCCCUUUACUCCACUCUACACCUCGCAGAUUCCAACAGAAUGGGAAUACAGAAAAAUCAGAAGAAAACAAGCGACCAGUACAAAAAGUCGUGCCAUCAAGGAAUGUCAACAAAAUGUACACAGUUAACGGGAAUGUCGACUAUAACCGUUUAAACGGGUCAGAUUCUUAUAUAAAGCCUACAUCGCCUACUAAAUCUCCGACGAAUACUCUAGGAUACAAUAGUAUAGGUACGAGGGCGGAGCCUAGGCAGAAUGGUGAUAGCGCUAAGUUGCUGACUACGGUCUCGUAUGUGAAAGGUCCUGCUCCCAAGCCGCCAGGCAAGAUGGCGUGGAACAAGGACGUCGCGCCGGACAAACUCAGCUUCACUAUGAAGAGAGAAUUUGAUAAACAGAAGGAAGAGACCGAAUUGCUGCAACAGCUGCGAACGAUUAUCGAGACGCGCCUGAAGAUGUCGCUGCCAGAGCAACUGGCUCCCGUGCUGGCGGACGGGGUAGUGCUGUGCCACCUCGCCAACCACGUGCGGCCGCGCUCCGUCGCCUCUGUGCACGUGCCGUCGCCCGCGCAGCCCAAGUUGUCAAUGGCGAGAUGCAGACGGAACGUGGACAACUUCCUGGAGGCGUGUCGAAAGAUCGGCGUAGAAGAGAAAAUGAUGUGUUGUGCAGCAGAUGUGCUGGAAAGCAAGGGAACAGUUCAAGUGGCUAUCACAGUUUCGGAGCUAUUGCGGCGUCAGAGCGGGGUGCGAGGCUCCCCGCUCCCCCCGCCGCCGCCCGCUGUGACCACGACAACCACCUAGCGCCCAAAACUUACUCUAGCGCCUCAGUCCGCGCUCUCUCUAUAAUAUAGCCGGCACGAAGGAUCAAGCAAAACGUCAAAGUGGGGAAUUUUUCGACUUCGUAAAGGAAUUUCGUAUUGAACACUGAAUCAUAUUUUGUGAGUAUAUUGUCAUAGUGCAAGUCAUAAUUUUAAAUUUGUGUUAACAAUAUAGUCGUAUCUCCAAAAUAAUAAAUUUACAAGUUGUACGGGAAAGUUAUUUGAACAAAAAUAUAUCGUAAGCUAUGCCGAAAAACAACUCUGUUGGCACAUGUACGGCCACUGCUUGAGUUGUACAAACUUUCUAAAUACACUUGAAAAUUGACCCUGCCGUCACAAACAUAGCGUUUAUAAUUCCGUGUGUAAUUGAUACAGCUUAAUGUGGGGCAACACAUACAGUGUUACAAAACUAAACGAUAUUGUCAACCCAGCGUUACUAAUAAGUACUAUUUUUACCAAAUAUUAAUUACGUACGUAGUUUACUUACAAUUAGUGAUAUUAUGUAGGCUGACAAGUUGCUGUUGCACCCUCGCUAUGUUGCGAAAUUUUAAAGUACUAAAACAACGAGUAUAGAUAUCGAAAGUCGACGCUAACGCCAUCAUUUCAAGGUCCAAACUUGUCAACUUUUUAACGACAACGAACUUUGAGAUAAAUAUCAAAUGGAGAAUUGAAUAAAGGAACCAAAGGCGUAAAAAUUAUUUGCUAUUUUAUAAAAUCGCCUUCCAUGACUUGAAACAAUGUAGAACUAAGGCGUUUAUCGGUCGUGUAGAUAUAUUUCACGCGAGAAAUUUGCCUCUAGUGUCUAUUAGCCAAAUCACAAUAAGGUGCUUUAAAGUGCACAAACACGAAUUUACUAGUGAAUUUUCUAAUCUACGUUUACACGCGUUGGAUAUUGUAGGCGAAUUUGUUGUUGUCAUAUAGUUCAAGUGCCUCACACAUCUUUAUAUAGGUCGUGUCAAACGUAAUGAACCUUUAAAUUGUAGUAGAUCAUUGAAAAGAUUUGGUUGCCAACCCCUUUUGAGUCCAAUUUAUAGUGUCCAAACCAAGCAUAAAUAUAAUAGAUUGAGAAAAAUAGCAAAUUAAUUACAUACAACAUUGAUAAUUUGACCAUAAAUUUAAAUAUCAAAACACCAAAGGCUUUGCUUUUAAAAGACAUAUGCUGGUUGUGUUGCGGUUAUUCUCUCAAUUUAUAUUAAUUUGGUAAACAAUUUUUGAUCAACAUCAGCAAGUACUGAACCAGAAUUUCAUUGACCUGCAUCGAAGUACAAAUUGUCAAAAUUUAAAUUUGUUCUUUAGCAGUUUUAAAGUUUGAAAUAUCUUAUAAACAGUUAUUUCGACUCCUAAUUGAACGCAUACAAAAAUACGUAAUGUAAGUUAGUCCAAUU